AUGCUUCAAUCAUCCCUCUUUUUGGCCCUGGCUGGCCUUGCCUCUUUCUCUACCGCUGCUCCUACUGCCCAUAAGCGUCAGGCUGCUGGCAAGCGUGGACUUGCUUUUGCGAAGAACAUGCAGGAUAAGGCUACUAUGUUCACUGGUUCUGGUCAGGUGACUUGGGCCUACGACUGGGAAGCUCGCGCUACUGAUGCUCCAGGCUUUGGCGUCCCUGGUGUGGAGUUCGUUCCCAUGUUGCACGAUGGCGGUGCCAUGUUCGCCGGUGCUUUCCCUGCCGACUGCCAGGGUGCCCUUGAUGCUGGUGCCAAGCACAUCUUGAGCAUCAACGAGCCUGACAUCUGCGGUGAGGGCACCGGCGGCACCUGCAUGAGCGUCACCGACACCGUGAACGCCCACAUGAGCUUGAUCCAACCCUUCGCCGACGCCCACCCCGACGUCACCAUCGUCUCUCCGGCCUACAGCAACGCCGGUGUCGAGACCAUGAAGGAAUUCCUUGGCGCCUGCAGCGGCUGCAGAAUUGACCACAUCGCCACCCACUGGUAUGGCCCUGCCGACGUCGAGGCCUUCAAGGCCCACGUCAUCAACGUCCACAACUGGACCCAGAAGCCCAUUUGGGUCACCGAGUUCCAGGCCCAGUCCGGCGACCAGGAAGCCUUCAUGCGCGAUGCCAUUGCUUGGCUCGACAGCCAGGACUUCGUCUACCGCUACGCUUACUUCUCGGUCGAGGUCUCCAUGACCAACGGCAUGUCGCUCAACAACUUGGGCAGCAUCUUCUCUUCGUAA